AGUCAUGGUGGUUCCAGAAAGUUAGCUUUGGCCUUUGGGUCCCACCUCCGCCCUUUUCGGAACGACAAACCUCCAGCUCGUGCUCGUACGGUAAUGGUGUUGUACCGAAUGAUCAUCUGAUCCAAACAUACCGAAUGAUCUGAUCCACACCUUCGCCCUAUUAGUAAUAGCACAAAUAUUCCAAGCAUCAGCUCAACAUAAUCAAAACGAAAGAAGAUUUGCCUGACAUCCCUCGAAUCCAAACUCAGCUUACACCAAAGAACAGUUAGUUAAUUACCAGUGGCUACCCUACCUUGCAACAAUGAACCAACGCACCACUUUUGUUGUUUGCCUGUUGACUUUUCUCUUCUGGGAGAGUUGGUCCCGCUCUUUGUUGAGUCUCUUUGGGGUCCACUUCUGGGAUCGUCAGCAUGUACAGGCCAUUAUCCAUUCCAACCCUGUUGGACUCUACAACAGCACCGCCUUUGCAGAGAUUGCAGAGACCCAAUAUUCUCCACGCCGAUACAUUUACCUGCUUCCGCAUAUCAUAGGUGCCAUCAUUUGGUGGAAUCUGUACUUUUUGCAGCUCAUUCCCAGAGUUCGGCAUGCCUUCAACAAGAGAUUGCAUCGCUGGCUGGGACGACUCCUCAUGGUCACUGCCUGUAUGCAAACCAGCAGUGGUGUAGGAUUGGCCUUGACAUCCCAUUCCAAGAUCAUUCUAAUCGUCAGUGGCUUUUUGGCAUUAGCAGUCUUCUAUUGUGUUUAUCAUGCUUGGAAGUAUGCCAUUCAUAGAGACAUUCGCCGACACAAGUAUUGGGUGCUAAAGGUGGUUGGGUACUUGCAGACCAUUGCAUUGCAGAGGUUCUAUAUAGUGCUGUUGAUCACCACACAUCAAAUGGGCUGGUACGGGCUGUACCCAGAUCUUGGGGAGAAUAGCACACUGGAGGAAGCUAAUGAUGUCGUGUUGGACAUGUUUGAUCACUCCUUUGUCUUUGCCAUCUUCACUGCCAUGCUGCUCACGGAAUGGUACAUUGCUGGGGAGCAAGGUAUGAUGAAAGCUCAUGAACCCAGCCAAGGAUAUGCCACUGACAAAUCAAGCCAAAGUGUGACAACAAAACCACCGACUGUGAAUGAAAAACAACAGCCAUUGCUGUCUGGAAGCUAGCCCCAAAAGGGGGCCUGCACCUACUAACAGGUUGCUAGCUAGUAGGAUGUAGUAUUGUAAAUUGAAUGUCAUCCUUUUAGAUUUUUAAAUUGCCAGCAACUACAUAUACGAGUUUUUCUGUUAAUAUGUGCAGCUGAUCCAAUAGAAGGUGAUCUGUUACGAG